AACGCCCAUUGACAUUCCAGUCCUGUGUCUUUCUUUGCGAAAAUGUUUUCUCGCUAUGCUUUCCGCUGCGCUCAACCCCUGAGGCAGAGCGCCCGCCAAUACUCCACCGAAGCCCCCAAGAGCAAGUCCCUUGCCCCCGUCUAUGUGGCUGUCGGUCUGGCUGGCCUUGGUGUCGGAUUGUACCGCUACCAGUCCGGUGCUGCCACCGCAGAGGCUCCUGCUGAGCGUCCCAAGGUUUUCACAGGCGGAGACCAGGGAUGGGUGAACCUCAAGCUCUCUGACAUUGAGAUUCUGAGCCACAACACCAAGAGGCUGCGCUUCGAAUUUCCCGACAAGGAGGCUGUCUCCGGUCUCCACAUCGCCUCUGCUCUUUUGACCAAGUAUUCUCCCCCCGAUGGCUCGAAGCCAGUUAUCCGCCCCUACACUCCCACUAGCGAUGAAGAUCAGCCCGGUUACCUCGAGCUUGUUGUCAAACGCUACCCUAACGGCCCGAUGUCUGAGCAUCUGCACAACAUGAAUGUCGACCAGCGUCUGGACUUCAAGGGACCUCUUCCCAAAUACCCCUGGGAAGCCAACAAGCAUAAGCACAUCUGCUUGGUCGCUGGUGGAACUGGAAUCACCCCAAUGUACCAGCUAGCUCGCGAGAUCUUCAAGAACCCCGAGGACAAGACCAAGGUCACUCUCGUCUUUGGAAACGUCAGUGAGGAAGACAUCCUCCUGAAGAGGGAGUUCGAGGACUUGGAGAACACAUACCCCCAGCGAUUCCGCGCAUUCUACGUUCUUGACAACCCUCCCGAGGGCUGGACCGGCGGCAAGGGCUACAUCACCAAGGAGCUUCUGAAGACUGUCCUCCCCGAGCCGAAGGAGGAGAACAUCAAGAUUUUUGUCUGCGGUCCUCCUGGCAUGUACAAGGCCAUCAGCGGGCCCAAGGUCAGCCCUAAGGACCAGGGCGAGCUUACCGGUAUCCUGAAGGAGCUGGGUUACAGCAAGGACCAGGUCUACAAGUUCUGAGCAAGGCUUGUCAUAACUUGCCCGGUACUGUCGCCUAUACCAAGCGAAUCUGUUUCUUUUAGGAAGGCAUACCUCGCUUGUAGAUUUGGCUAAACCGACUAGCGGCCAAAUAUAGCAGCGUGUGCUGUGUGAUGAUAGAUAGGAAAAUAUUUUUUUUUUUUUGCAA